AUGAGCUCGCAGCAGCCUCCACCUUCGCAAUACCCGCCGUCCCUGGGACCUGGAGCCCGACCAACACAACAAGGCGAAGGCGAAGGCCCAGUCUCUCAACGCGAUCGCUCGCAAAAGUCUCGUCUGCAAGAAGUCAUCGCCAUCCGUAGCGACUACUCCGUAACUCCCACUCCGACCAAUGUUACCCUUGCAUAUACCCUCAACAACCGUCGCCGAUCCUUCACUCUAGAGUACUCUGCCAUUCCGCUAUCAUCCUUUACCUCAUCCAUCCUUUUCGGCGGUAGCAGUCGCGCCAGCACGACCGGCAUCUUCAUUAUCGACACUAUCCGCGGAGUCGAGAACAUUACAAAGGCACAGUUGACUCAGCAAGAAGCAGAAGGCUUCGCCAAGUAUGCCAGCAAAAGGAUGCUUUAUUCUUACGGUGGUGUUGGCGCGGCAUUCGGCGCUGCAGCUUUCUUUUGGCAGCGUGGAAAACCCAACAUGAAAUUCCCUUUCAUGAAACCCAAGGAUCCAGCACGGUACCUCAACUUCCCCAACAGGUACCUCCCCAUUCUCAAAGGUGAUUUUGCAAGAAUAAUGUGGCAGAUCACUCGUUUCAAUGUCUAUGCUGCACUCGGUAUCUUCUCACUGAGCCCAGUCUUCCGGAGCCUAGGCGAUACGAAUAUGACGGUAGGGUUAUACAGGGAUGAUCGCACAAGACCUCUACUGGAAAAACUAAAGGGUCAGAUGCAGAAUGGCGGUCUACAACGAAUUGCAGGGAAUCUACCUAACGCGUCAGGCCAGGAAUCUGGGUCAACAGUUGGUCAGGACGAUGCAUCUAGCGAAUACUCGUUUAGUGACCAAGGCGAUGGCUACGACGGCGGUGCGGGCGUUGGCUACUCUGAUGCCAUGAACGACACGGGCGAUGUUGCUGCUUCCGCGCGGCCUUCGCCUUCACAUUUUCCCUCGCAAACGCCACAGCAGCAUCAAGGUUUAGCGCGCCGGAAUCAGCGCCCUUCUAAUCAGGACUAUUCUCCCGCGUCCUCCGCCCCACCGAAUCAGAUGUCGCAGCAGGACGCCGACCCGUUCAGCUUCAACGAAGAUCCUCUCAGCAAUAGUUCUUCCGACCCAGACUCACCACAGUAUAAUCCUGCGGCAGUUCAGCAGCAGAAGCCGCGCCGCAGCUGGGCAGAGAUCCGUACCGAAGCACGUCAAGGGACUGGAACCCAGCCUCAGUCAACCCCUUCCUAUGCUGGAGGGCAAGGAGAGCGAUUCAGCUAUGGUAGGGAGGAAGAGGAGAAGCAAUAUGCAAAGGGACAGGCGCAGAAGGAUUUCGACGCAAUGCUGGACAGAGAGCGGCAACUGGGUGAGCAGGGGAACGAAGGAAGUGGCGGUGGAGCAUGGAGUAGACGGCGAGGUGGAGGCUAG